GGAUGUGUUCAACGGACCAGAGACGGCACUGAUGGAAUGCAGCGAGAAGCGUGGAGUGCAAAGCUCAAAUCCAUAGCCUUCUGCCACCCAAUGCACGAGUUUUCCGGCUGGCAACUCUUUGGCGCCUUACGUACACUCUCGAUGCGCAGAUUGCUGGGCAGUACGGAGGUUAACCCCUUGCAAAAAUAGUGUACACUUCGCACUCUUGUCCGCGCACCUUUGCGUUUGUCCCGCGAAAAAAAAACAAAGACAAGACCAGAAAAUCGUUGGUCUCCUGUCCAACUCCCCAACACUCCAAAUUAUUUGACAGCACAACCUGCCGAAAGAUAAAAUACCUCAUACGCACGAACAUUUAGUCUUUUUAGAACUUUUUUAUCACCAUUUACCUCCAGGCCGAUAUCCGUGUGACACGGCUUCUUUCUACUCCACGUUUCUUUCUGGGUCGCUCACUGUUGUCUGCUGCGUCCGCUCGCCAAAGAAUAAGCAGUUCUUAUUUGACAUUCAUCAAAAUGGUUUUGAUUCCGACUGUCAAUGUCCAGUCUAUGACAAAGGAGGAACUGCUGAAGAGGGUUGAGGAACUAGACAAGACGCUUUCCACCGUACCUCUCAUCGUAUCACUGGAAAAGCAGCUGGGAAUACAUAAAGUCCAUCUAGCUGGUCUAUCUACGUUCGGUCUCCUAAUCUUCCUCCUCGUCUUCAACAAUCUAUACGCUAAUCUACUGACCGAUGUGUGCGGAUAUAUCUACCCGUCGUACAUGAGUUUGAAAGCGGUUGGAGGCGAGAAGGAUGUUCAAACUCAGUGGUUAGCUUACUGGGCCGCUUUUGGAUUCUUCAAUCUAUUGGAAUAUGGGAUCGACUACGUUUUAUAUGUCUUCCCCUUCUACUACACAUUCAAGUUGAUCAUCAUUGUAUGGCUCGCCUCGCCGGCCACAAAGGGUGCGUCUGCCGUUUAUAAUACGGUGCUCAAGCCCCUCCUCCCACACGUCGAUUCCCUUGGCACGACGCUCGUUCCUACGCCGGCUGCUCCUCCGGCAGCUGCUCCAGCGGCCGAAGGUGAAGGCGAGAAAGCGGCACCAGCUGGAGGCGGUGGGAAGCCAGAAAGCGCACCCGCUGGUGACAAGGCGGACAAGAAGGAAGGAGGUGGCGACAAGAAGGCAGAAGGAGAGGGCAAGGCAAAGACAGGGAAAGUGCGAUGGGGUUAUUCAAGGGUCCGCUGAACCUGCAUUCCAAGUUUGUUGUGCGAGCGAGUUAUUGCUGUUUCACGGCCCUUGCACCGUAGUUACCUGAGUAGUGUUUUUUUGACUUAGUCAGUAUGUCCAUACCUCACUGUGAGUUACAGUGACCGGCGGUACAUUAUUGUACAACAAUAUCCUAUACUACACUAUAUUAUCCUUUUCCCCAAACAACAAAUCAGUAAGUACAAAUCUCAUUCAUCAUCGGAACCCGCCUGUAUUGCAGUCAAGUACUCCUGUACCACAUCGAAUUCAGCCCACCGUUCCUGCAGAGUUUGCAAGAGGCCAAAAGCAGCCACUAAUAGAUCAUAUUGCCCUUCCC